ACCAUAAACCCACACCAUCACCAACUCAUUUCACACACUCAACUCACCUCAGCUUCACACACACUAAACCCCAACUCAACAAUGGCCGCCGCAGCUGGACCCCCCCUCCCCUCUGAGCCACCCACCCCCACCGACACCCGCCCCAAGAACCACCCACUCUUCGCCCAGAUCCGUCUCGCCAACAUCUCUGACGUCCCCUACCUCCACAAACUCAUCCACCAAAUGGCCGAGUUCGAGCAAUUGACUCACCUCUUCGCCACCACUGAGUCAUCACUCGCCGCCACUCUCUUUCCCACCACUCACCGCCCACCCCCUUUUCACUCCUUCACCGUCUUCAUCCUCGAGACCUCCCCAAACCCUUUUCCCCCAAUUCAAGAAAACCCUAAUUUCACCCCCAUUCAGAAAACCCUAAUUCUCGACAACUCGGUAGCCGACCCGGAAAAGGAGCUGUUCUGGAGCAUGGGAAAUGACGUGGUGGUAUCUGGGUUCGUCCUGUUUUUCCCGAAUUAUUCGACGUUUCUGUCGAAACCCGGGUUUUAUGUGGAGGACUUGUUUGUGAGGGAGUGUUAUAGGAGGAAGGGUUUGGGGAAAAUGCUGUUGUCUGCGGUGGCGAAACAAGCGGCGAAGAUGGGGUUUGGGAGAGUUGAGUGGGUUGUGUUGGAUUGGAAUGUGAAUGCUAUUCGGUUUUACGAAGGGAUGGGGGCUAAGGUUUUGCCUGAGUGGAGGAUUUGUCGAUUGUCUGGUGAGGCUCUCGAAGCCUAUAAUACUAAUUAACUAAUACUCAUUAUGAUUUUGUUGUUGGAUGAGGGUUGUUAGUACUUUUGUUCUAUGUAUUGUGAUCUAUGUAGUAUGUUUCAGGAUUGUUGCUUAUGAGUAAUUUAGUAUGUUACGGUUACUUGUUAUUGUAUUCCAGGACCUGGAGUUUUAUGUUAUUAGCGGAACUUAUAUGACAAUGACUUACUGUUUCAGUUCUA